AUGCCCCUGAGGUGGUCGGAGGUGCCAUCACCUCACCAUGGGCCUGACCACCUCUCCUGCCCCCAGCAGGGGCCCUUCACUCACACAGCCUGGGAUUGUAGCCCCCGCUGUGUUGGAGGGGAGUGGGGAAUGCACAUUUCUCAGCUUGGGGUAACAGCCCCUGCCCUGAAUGGAUGGUCCAGACCCCGGUGUUGUGGGAAAAGAGGUGGGGAAAGCCAGAGGGUGGCUCUGGAUCUGGCUCUGGCUCUGACCUGCUCUGUGCUCUCAGUCCCUCCACACCCACCAUCCUGGCCACCUCUGUCCCUGGCUCAGGCAAAGUCCUACAGGGGGACCAUGACCGUCACUCCUUCCAGGGACAAUAAAGUCAUUGCUUGA